AGUGACAAAGUUCUUACCAAGUCAAAGGUCAAGAAUCAAACAAUACAUACAAUCAGACAUUAUUGCCGUCAGGACAUAACACACACUUGUAUCUCUCUUGUCUUCCUUCCAUUCAUCUGCAUGUUGCUUUACAACCUGCGAAACACUUUGCAACAUUAAUCAACACUCCAGAGGUACUAUCUUUUUUUAGGAAUUAAGGCAUUUCUUAGUUCAUUUCCAGUCUGCGGCAAGGGGGAACACGUAAUGAGUUGCUUUGGAUGUUGUGCGCAAGAUAAUGUACCAAAGGCUGCUGCUAGUGGACCAUAUAAGGCUAGUCAGUCGACAGGAAAUGUCGGUGGUCAUCGUGCUACCAUGACAGCACCAAGGGACACGAUAGCUACUAACAUUCAGCCUAUUACUAUCCCUGAGCUCUCAGUGGAUGAAUUGAAAGAUAUUACAGAUAACUUUGGUACAAAAGCUUUAAUUGGUGAGGGGGCCUAUGGAAGAGUAUAUCAUGGUGUCUUGAGAAGUGGGCAGGCUGCAGCGAUUAAAAAAUUAGACUCCAGUAAGCAACCAGACCAAGAGUUUCUAGCGCAGGUUUCUAUUGCAUCCCGGCUUAAACAUGAUAAUGUUGUUGAGCUACUUGGUUAUUGUGUGGAUGGUGGUAUUUGUGUCCUUGCCUAUGAGUAUGCCUCAAAUGGAUCUCUUCAUGACAUUCUGCAUGGAAGAAAAGGUGUUAAGGGUGCAGAACGAGGUCCAGUUUUAUCAUGGCCCCAACGAGUGAAGAUUGCUGUGGGAGCAGCAAAGGGACUUGAGUAUCUCCACGAAAAGACGCAGCCUCAUAUUAUCCAUCGGGAUAUCAAGUCCAGCAAUGUUUUACUUUUUGAUGCUGAUGUAGCUAAAAUUGCUGAUUUUGACCUGUCAAAUCAAGCACCUGACCAGGCAGCACGCCUUCAUUCAACUCGUGUUCUUGGAACUUUUGGUUAUCAUGCGCCUGAAUAUGCAAUGACUGGACAACUUAGCUCAAAGAGCGACGUUUACAGCUUCGGGGUUGUCCUGUUAGAACUCUUAACAGGGCGUAAACCUGUUGAUCACACACUGCCUCGAGGACAGCAGAGUCUAGUGACAUGGGCAACUCCAAAACUCAGCGAAGAUAAAGUGAAACAAUGUGUUGACACUAGACUUGGCGGAGAAUACCCACCCAAGGCAGUUGCCAAGAUGGCUGCAGUUGCCGCCUUGUGUUUGCAAUAUGAAGCUGAUUUUCGUCCAAAUAUGAGUAUCGUGGUAAAGGCUCUCCAGCCUUUGUUGAAUGCUCGGCCUGUAACUCCAAGUCAAUCACAUCACUAGUGGAUCACUUCCCGUGCAAUUCUGUACUUGCAGUUUUAAUAUGUUCUGUAAUACGUUAUUCUUGGCUAAAUUCUACACUGGUUCAAUUCCUUUAGCAAUUGAAUAUAAUUAGAUUAUUUUGCACUUGUUUGUUGUAAUGCACUUAAGCUUGAAAUCAUGAAGCAAGAAACUGUCAAUGUUGUUGACUUUCUUUUUUA